AUGGAAACAGUAUAUGAGAUUCGGUUUGAGAAUGACACAGACUACAAUGGGAUACUUUGCGAUAUUACAGAUAAUGGGACAUUUACAUGUGUGGAGGAUUAUAGUCACAAUACAACCCUUCCUGCCAAAGAUAUGCACCAGACAGUGAGGAUUCUGCUGUACUCCCUGAUUUUCCUGCUCUGUGUGCUGGGAAACAGUAUGGUUAUAGUGGUUCUGAUCAGGAAUAAGAGGAUGAGGACUGUCACUAACAUCUUCCUGCUGUCCCUCGCUGUCAGUGACCUCAUGCUUUGUCUCUUCUGCAUGCCUUUCACCCUCAUACCCAACCUGCUCAAGGACUUCAUUUUUGGUAGCACAGUCUGCAAAGGUGCAACUUAUUUCAUGGGCAUCUCUGUGAGUGUAUCAACGUUUAACCUUGUUGCCAUAUCUCUAGAAAGAUACAGCGCUAUUUGUAAGCCUCUGCAGUCCAGGGUAUGGCAGACCAAGUCCCAUGCUCUAAAGGUGAUUGCAGUAACGUGGUGUCUUUCAUUCACGAUAAUGUCACCUUACCCAAUAUAUAGCACAUUGGUGCCGUUCACAAAGCCGCAUAACACAACUGGUAACAUGUGUCGUCUUCAGUGGCCCAAUGAUCUCACUCAACAGUCGUGGUAUGUCUUCUUGUUGCUAAUCCUCUUCCUUGUUCCUGGAAUUGUUAUGACAAUUGCAUAUGGCUUAAUAUCUGUCGAGUUAUACAGAGGGAUACGCUUUGAUGUCGGUCAGAGAAAAGAGUGCACCAACAACACAAGCAGUAAGCAGUUUGAAAACGGAGAUGGUUGUUAUUUGCAGAAGACAAAACGGAAGAAAUUUGAAAUGCAGCAGCUGUCCUCUCAUAACAGAGCCAAGAUUGAGAGAGUGCGCAGUAACAGCUCAGCGGCUAACCUCAUGGCCAAAAAGCGCGUCAUCCGCAUGCUGAUCGUCAUUGUUAUCUUAUUCUUUAUCUGCUGGACCCCAGUAUUCAGUGCAAACGCUUGGAGAGCCUUUGACACCCCAUCAGCUGACAUCCUUCUCUCUGGAGCUCCAAUUUCUUUUAUUCAUUUACUCUCCUACACUUCGGCUUGUGUAAACCCAAUUAUCUAUUGCUUUAUGAACAAGCGUUUUCGGCUGGGUUUUCUAGCUACAUUUGCCUGUUGCUCUAGAAGUGGAGUGCAAAGUAGGGGCAUGGUACCAGGUAUAGCAGAAGAAGAAGGAAGGACGACAGGUGCUUCCCUUUCAAGAUGCACCUAUACCAACAUAAGUAUAUCUGCCACUGCAUCUGCCCCUACAUGAAAUACCAAGUGGGUCUUUGCAUGGAAAACCAAGGACUGUGAGCACAUAGGUACAAGUUGACUAAGUUACAGAUGGAUUUCUUUUACUGAAAAUGGCCUGGAUAAAAUAUAACAGAACAAAACUAUCAGCUCUACUGUUGCUUAAAAGUAGAUUGAUAUAUUGAGACCUUGUGACAACUGUGUAAUUAUUUGCGCAUAUACAUGGUUCAUUGACCUGCGACAGCAAGAUAUGUGAAAAAAUACAUUCAUUCUAUACAAUAUCUUUAUACAAGGACCUUGAUGUGGAAUUUCAGCUGCAUGGGGAUCAGAACAGGACCAUAAUGACUCUCAGACAUUCAUUAACUUAUAUCGGGGAGAAAAUAAAAAAUAUAAUAA